CUCAUUCAUUCCAACCGCAAUUCACUUAUCCAAGAAGAAGAAGAACCCCUUUUCAUCACCUUACAUUGUGUCUCCAUUGUUAUCUUCUCCUUCUCUUACAGAAUUUUUCUAAUUCUAACUAUAACAAAAGGAGAUAUUCUUGUCUGGGUUUUUUAAAUUUCUUCAAAAAAAAUUUAUCUAGAAUCUACAGAGAAACUUUGUGUUUGAAAAUGGUGGCUUUAGUUUCACGUACUGGAAGACAACAUCAGAGAUAUAAUCUUAAAGGGUGUCGCCAAGUUGUUGGAUGUAUACCAUACAGAUACGACGAUGAAGAUCAAUUAGAAGUUCUUGUGAUUAGUUCACAGAAGAAUCAUAAAAUGUUAUUCCCAAAGGGAGGUUGGGAGAUUGAUGAGUCAAUGGAAGAGGCAGCACUACGAGAAACGUUAGAGGAGGCGGGUGUAACAGGAGAAGUUAAGUGUAAAUUGGGGGAAUGGAGCUUCAAGAGCAAAAGAUAUGAUACAUUUUAUGAAGGUUACAUGUUUUCUUUACGAGUCGAGGAUGAAUUGGAAUCUUGGGCAGAAUCGCAUGUCCGGACAAGAAAAUGGAUGACAGUGAAAGAUGCAAGAGAAAUUUGUCAGCAUUGGUGGAUGAAGGAAGCAUUAGAUGUAUUAAUCCAGAGACUCUCACCUUCGCAACAAAAAGACGAUGAUACCGUAGAAGAAGAAGAUAUUGUUGACGUCGAACAAGAAGAAGAAGAUGAAGACUUAUCACCAACAUGUAUGCUUAGCUAGAAUGGAGGAGGAGAAUUUUGUACAUACAACGAACUUUGUGUUGCACAAAUUGUAGGAGGAGGCAGAGAGGACUGCUCACUUGUAGUUGUUCCUUGCUUUUGACGAGUUCAUGCACUUGAAUAUAGAGACAGGGAAAGAGGGAGUUGUUUAUCCUGGAAUUGAUCGUGCGCUGCUGACAGAAACUAGAACUAGGCUAAGUUUGAGCAAGAUGUCUACUACAUUCCAACUCUUGUUCCAUUGAUUCUUUUUAUGUUUAGGUUCAGUGUAGCUCUUGUAACUGAAUGGCAUUGAAUUGAACUUUCCACAAGAAAUACACCCAGUGUUGUCUUACGUUGUACCAUUUAUUCAUUUGCCUUGCCAAAA